CAGCCACCUACCCACCCACCGCCGCUCCCUUUCCCUCUUCCUCGGUCUUCGCACUGUGCUCUCCUUCUUAAUUGCGCAAGCAUGUCGUCGGACGAGAUUGUGUGGCAGGUGAUAAACCAGCAAUUCUGCUCGUUCAAGUUAAAACUAAGCAGCAAAGAUCAAACAUUUUGUCGCAAUGAAUACAACCUGACCGGUUUUUGCAACCGGCAAUCUUGCCCGCUCGCCAAUUCCCGCUAUGCCACCGUCCGACCAGACCCCCAGACUGGUGCCCUCUGCCUCUUCAUCAAGACUCCUGAACGCAACCAUUUGCCCUCCAAGUGGUGGGAAAAGAUACGCCUGCCGAACAACUACGAGAAGGCGCUUUUGGCCCUCGACGAGAAGCUGGAAUACUGGCCCAAAUUCUACAUCCACAAAUGCAAACAGAGGCUCACGAGGUUGACGCAAGUGAAGAUCCGCGAAAGGAAUAUCGCAAAGGAGGAAGUGAGACUUGGCGAGAAGAACGUCAGUAGAUUGGCGCCAAAGAUUCGGCGGAGGGAGGAAACCAGGGAGCGCAAAGCAGAAAGCGCGGCCAAAGUGGAGAGGGAGAUUGAACGGGAGUUGAUGGAGAGGUUGACGAGUGGCGCGUAUGGUGACCGGCCGCUCAAUAUUGAAGAGGGGUUGUGGAGAAAGGUGCUUAGAGGCCUCGAGAGGAAGGAGAAGGGUGAGGAGCUGCUCGAUGAAGAGUUGGAGGAUGAGAACGAGGAAGAAGUGGAGGCAGAGGUGGAAUAUGUUUCUGAUUUAGAGGAAAGCGAGGAUGAAUUGGAACGGGAGAUGGAGGAUUUUGACGACUGGCUUGGUGGAGAGAGUCCUGAUGAAGAAGAUGAGGAUCUCAGCCAAGAGUCUGGAGAGGACGAAGACGAAAGCGAAGACACUGACGAGGAUGAAAGUGAGGAAGAUGCGUCGGGCAAGAAGAGGAAGCGACGUACAAGGCAACCGCCCAAGCCACAGAAGAAGCCUCGUGGUCGUGUGGAGAUUGAGUAUGAGACCGAGCUGCCAUUGAAAGAGACGGUACUGGCUUAAGGGCUACAUUGUGCGAACCUGGUGGAAUUGACCAUCAUGAUAAAUCCCUUGGCUUUGGAGUUUGAGAAUCUAUGGAGUCUGCCCUCGAAAGACAAAAGGCGAUUUUAGAUUCGCUACUUACAAGGUUGGGGCUUGACGUUACAAUUAAUGACUUUGUUCAGCUGCAACAGCGCAGCACAGGAACCAUCACCACCCAAGUCUUUGCGGAUUUAGCUCACCAUUCGCACCGAGCCGGCUGAGCUCAAGUCCCAUACCUCCAUGUCGCACUGGAACAAAUUAAGGCGCACUUCGCUGGUAUAGCUCUUGGACGGCCACUACCGCCAUGGAGCCAACCUUGUCAAGCUUUGCGACAGACUCCCUUGACAUAUCUGAAGACCUAAAAGUAUUGGAAUAUCAGUAUUGACAUCUGGAUCUGUGCAUGAUGAUCGAA